AUGGAUCUCAUUCGAGACGCACCCCUCGGACAAAUCAUCCGUCAUCUGACAGGAAACAGACUGCUUCAAUAUCCUGAAGAGAAGUCUGGAUUCGAGUGUCCAAGUUGCUACGCACACCCGGGCACUGAGAAGGCAGCUAGUCGACAAUCAACGACAGCUCCUUCACUUUCGUUCAUCGAUGGUUCGCUCGAGAAAGAGCUGAACAACAACCUCCACCUUACGCGAACAGAGACUGACCGAAGUCGCCACGAAUUAAGCAAGACCAACACCGCCAGAUCUGCUCUAUCGCGAGUCGGAUCGCGAAUUGCCUUAGAGCAAUCAAAAACCAGAGCAGAUCUCGAGCAAGCUUUCGCCAUUGCUUCCGAGUCGAAUCCCUCAACACCUGAGCCUGUCCAACCUGUCCGUACUGCAGAUGGAACCAUUCUGGUCGACUGGUACACCACUGACGAUCCCGCAAAUCCUCAAAAUUGGUCGAAGACGAAGAAAGGCAUGGUCACAGCUCUGAUCUGUAUUUACACCACUGCAGUCUACACAGGCUCGGCCAUCUACACUCCGUCAGCCGAGGGUGUUAUGCAUGUCUUUGGCGUUUCGGCGACCGCAGCAUCUCUCGGCAUAGCCCUCUUCGUUUUCGCUUAUGGUCUUGGACCUCUGAUCUUCUCACCACUUAGUGAGAUCGCAUCAACUGGCAGAAAUCCUCCAUACAUCAUCACUUUUGCCAUCUUCACCAUAUUGUGUGUACCCACAGCUCUGGUUGAUAACUUCGCCGGCUUGAUGGUGCUGCGAUUCUUGCAAGGCUUCUUCGGCUCGCCCAUCUUGGCAACAGGUGGUGCUAGUCUUCAAGAUAUGUUCUCGCUUAUCAAGCUUCCUUACAUCCUCUGUUGUUGGGCAGCUGCCGCUUGUAUUGGUCCUGCUCUUGGACCAAUCAUCUCUGGUUUCAGUGUCGCGGCUAUGAACUGGAGGUGGUCUCUGUGGGAGAUGUUGUGGCUUGCUGCACCUGUCUGGCUCAUGCUCUUCGCCUUCCUUCCCGAAACAUACCCAGAGAACAUCCUGUUGCGUCGUGCCCGGCGUCUCAGAAAACUCACAGGGAACCAAAACCUGAAGGCUCAGUCUGAGAUCAAUCAGGCUUCACGGAGCUUCAGGGACAUUGUGUUCGAGGCUUUGAUUAGACCUGUGCAGCUUAUUGUGCUCGAUCCUGCUAUCGCCUACGCUGAUCUCUAUAUUGCUCUCUGCUAUGCAAUCUUCUACAGCUUCUUUGAAGUCUUCCCGCUAGUUUACAUGGAGCGAUACGGCUUCAACGCCGGUGAAACUGGCCUCAUCUUCCUCUCAAUCGCAGUAGGCGUCGUCAUCGCCAUCGCCGCAUACUACGCCUACCUCUACUACGUCGUCGAACCCGAGAUCCGACAAAACGGUCUGGGGGCUCCAGAACGCCGUCUGAUCCCCGCUCUCUUCUCCAGCUUCCUCGUCCCCAUCGGUCUUUUCAUCUUCGCCUGGACCGGAGAUGGCCACAUUCACUGGAUUGUCAGCUGUGUCGGUAUCGUGUUGAACAUGAUCGGAGUUUUCAUUCUGUUCCAAUGCGUGUUCGUUUACCUCGCGUUUUCUUAUCCGAUGUUCGCUGGUAGUCUGUUUGCUGGCAACGAUACUGCUAGAUCUACGCUUGCUGCCGCCGCCAUCCUGUUUUCAAGACCUAUGUUCUUGAAUUUGGGGGUUGGGCCUGGUGUCAGUUUGCUUGCUGGACUGACUACACUGUGUAUUGGCGGUAUCUUCAUACUGUUCUUCUACGGCGACAAGUUGAGAGCGAGAAGCCGAUUUACCGCCAAGUAAAUUCGGAAAGAUAAUUGUUGUGGAUAUGGAAUUGGAGGAUGUGGAGAAGGAUGAUAAUGAGAAAAAGGCUUUAAUGGGUUAUACAUAAUGUUGAAAGUGGAAGGAUACACGGUACUGGAGGGAUAGAAGGACGACGUAAUGGGAUAAUCGAUACGAUUCUAGAGUUCGAUAGAUACAACAGUCU